AUGGCCACUGUACUAUUAACCAUCAUCGAGGUUGUGCGCAAAUCCGCAUUACUCACCCUCUACGCAACCAUCACCAUCCCCUUCAUAAUCAUCAUUACCGACUACAUCGACGGAUGGCGCAAACGCCGCGAACUGGGCUCCAUCCCCGUCGUCGACGAAGGAAGCAACCUGUGCCGACUGCUCCGCUGGAACAGCAGACCCUUUGAUCCGGAGAAAGAAUAUCGCGCCGCCUACGAGAAGUACAGCAGGAAUGGAAUACCGUACGCCGCUAGAAUCCAGCAUGACGACUAUGCUAUUGCGCUGCCGCCGGGUACGGCCAAGGAGUGGAGGGCUAUGGGCCAUGAGCAGUUGAGUGUUUUGCAUGCGUUGUCCGAGUUCGCGGACCUGUGGCCACAUAUGAAUGUGGUUCUUCGGACGCCUGUUGAGGCGGUUCAUUCGUGCAAUAAUGAGUUCACACUGAAGAAGUUCCAAGCCUCCCUCGCCGCCGAGACAGAGAAACACCUACAUCCACUAUUCAGCCCCAGAGGAGACCACGAAUGGACCGAACUCAACACUCUUCAAGCAGUCUUCUCCGCGACAUCGAGUAUAGCCACCUCGCUGAUCCUCGGCGCUGACCAUGCUGACGCCGCGGAAAUAACCGCAGUGUCAAUGGGCCAUAAUGAUGGGAUAAUGCUGAGCCGCGUCGUCCGUUCUGCCUACCCUCGUAUCCUCCGUCCGCUCGUCUGGCGAAUUGCGCCAACCUGUCGCGAGCUGCAGUCCAAUGCCGCGCGUCUGCGCAGGUUGAUGAUACCCGAGAUCAACCGCCGAGUUGAGAGGGUACGAGCCGGGAAGACGCCCUCCAAAGAGGAAGACGGCUGUUUCUCCCUAUUGGAUGUCCUCAUAGAAGCGACCUUCAAAAACGGCACACUCAGUCGAACCAAGCGCAAGGAGAACGAGGAUGAGCUUGUUGAUAUCAUCUUCCAGCAGCUCCUCCUCUACCACUUUGAGCUCUCCAGGCCCACGGGGAUGAAUGUCGUCUUCAUGCUGUACUCUAUCAUGAACAACCGCGGGUACAUCGCCGCGCUCCGAGACGAGUGGGCCGCAGCCGUGAACCACUGUGGCGGCGACUGGACACUGGAUAUCCUCAGCCACGCACCGAAACUCGAGAGUUUCUCCAAGGAGUCGUUUCGGUAUCAUGAUGUUUCGUAUUUCGUCGGCCUCCGCCGCGUAAUGCAGCCCCUGCACCUCACAUCCCUCAACCUCCGCCUAAAAGAAGGAACCCUAAUCAUGACCCCCUGCCGCGCCGUGCACCACGACCCCGAAAUCUACAGCGACCCGUCAACCUUCAACGGGUUCCGCUUCUACGACGCCGCGACAAACACCUGUACGCCAAAGGUGUUCACAACCUCGCCUAGCUUUCUCACAUUCUCACACGGGUCGGGAACGUGUCCCGCACGGAUCCUGGCGACGCAGAUUGCACGAAUGGUUUUUGGGAAGAUCCUGCAUGCGUAUGACGUUGAGCUUGCGCAUGAGAGUAUGCCCGAGUAUUCGAGGAUGGAUCCGAGUGGGGCAAUUUAUUUUCCGAAUCCGGAGGUGAAUAUGCGUGUUAGACGUAGGGUGGAGGAAGGGGAGGGAGGGGCGGGUGGUGUCGACGGCGGUGCCAAUGCUUCUAUCUAG